CUGCUACAUCCUCUCUCUGCCGAUCUUCGUUUUCUGCCUCUUUCUAACUCAAUCCUUUAAAAGAGACACUUCCAUGCCCCUCCCCCGCCCCUAAAAAAAAAAAAUCUUGCAGGUUUAUCUCUAUGUCUCUCCCACCUUGUAGCUUGAAACAUGUUACUUGCUUUAAGGAAAAGUUUCUGCAUGUCGUUAAAGUCUGUUUUGGUAUUUCUCCCUCUGAAACUACUGUGAGCUGCUUCAACCCGUCUCUAAAUCAAGUCAAAUUGCCUGCAGAGCCUGGAGACGCUGGACUGAUAAAUCUGUAGCUGUGUGAUCGGAAGAUUCUUUCCCCCCACCCCCUUUAUUUUUUUCAUCCGAGCACCGGGCGUGAUGAGACGCUGGAGCCGCCGGAGGAACUUUGUCUUUCUGGGUUUUGCGCUGCACGUCUGGUCCCUGUCCACGGCCCUGGAAAAUGUCAAAAACGAGGUUUUCAGCAUAAAGGAGGGAAGUACUCCAGACAAGGCUAAGCAGCAGGAGGAUGCAGCCAAACGUCACCAUGAGACCACGGUACCUCUGAUGCUGAAGGGCGAAGAGCGAAGACCUCUCAGCCAGCUCACCCCUGGGAUUUAUCCUGCGUCACUCCAGCUGGUGGUGUUUGCAGAAGGUGAAGAGCUGAUCCUGUCACUGGAGAAGAAUGAGGGUCUUUUUGCGAGCCACUACACCGAGACACAUUACAGGGAGGAUGGAAGUGCAGUCACUGGUACUCACAACGUCACGAACAACUGCUACUACCACGGCGAAGUGAGGGAGCAUCCCAACUCUGAUGUAACCCUCAGUGCCUGCUUGGGACUCCGAGGCUUUGUUGCACUUGAAAACAAGACAUUUAUUAUCGAGCCUGUGUCUGGCCACGGCGCUGGGGCCCACUUCAUUUACCGAGUGGAAGAGCUCAAAGUGACCCCUGGAGCCUGUGGCCAUGGCUUUAAUUUGUCCUCUGUUGCCCCUGAAAGCCACAUCAAAAGCCCUUUCCAGUCCUUUCACACAAGGCAUAAAAGGCAUGCUCAGAAGACGACCAAAUACGUGGAGCUGAUUAUCGUCGCAGACAACAGAGAGUUCCAGAAACAGGGGAGAGACUUGGAGAAAGUCAAACAGCGGCUUGCAGAGAUAGCCAAUUAUGUGGACAAGUUUUACAGGGCGCUCAACAUCAGGGUGGCUUUGGUGGGUCUGGAGGUGUGGAGUGACUCCGAUAAAUGUCCCAUCACUCAAGAUCCCUUCACCACCUUACACGAGUUCCUAGACUGGAGGAAGGUGAAGCUUCUGCCCCAGAAGCCUCACGACAACGCUCAGCUCAUAAGCGGCGUUUACUUCCAGGGCACCACUAUCGGCAUGGCGCCCAUUAUGAGCAUGUGCACAGUGGAGCAGUCUGGAGGCAUUGUCAUGGAUCACUCGGAGAACCCGCUGGGUGCAGCCGUGACUUUGGCACAUGAGCUGGGACACAACUUCGGCAUGAACCACGACACCCCGGAGCGUGGCUGUGGUUGUAGGAUGACCGUCGACCGUGGAGGCUGCAUCAUGACGCCCUCCACAGGGUAUCCAUUCCCGACGGUGUUCAGCACCUGCAGCAAGAAGGACCUUGCAGCCAGUCUGGAGAAAGGUGUGGGCAUGUGUUUGUACAACAUGCCAGAGGUCAAGGUGCUUUAUGGCGGACAGAAGUGCGGCAAUGGCUACGUGGAGGAGGGAGAGGAGUGCGACUGCGGGGAGCCUGAGGAAUGCAUGAACCCCUGCUGCAACGCCACCACAUGCACCCUCAAAGGAGAUGCUGUGUGCGCCCACGGGCAAUGCUGUGAAGACUGCAAGCUCAAACUGCCCGGCACCAUGUGCCGCGAGUCCAGCAACUCGUGCGACCUGCCCGAGUUCUGCACCGGAUCCAGUCCGCACUGCCCAGCCAACGUUUACCUGCACGACGGACACGCUUGCCACAACGUAGACGGCUACUGCUACAAUGGCAUCUGCCAGACUCACGAGCAGCAGUGCAUCACGCUGUGGGGACCAGGAGCUAAACCUGCUCCCGGGAUUUGCUUCGAGAGAGUCAACUCUGCAGGGGAUCCUUACGGGAACUGUGGGAAGGACUCCAGAGGCUCCUUUGCCAAAUGUGACGCAAGGGAUGCUAAGUGUGGUAAAAUUCAGUGCCAAGGUGGAGCAAACCGGCCAGUGAUCGGCACAAACGCUGUCUCCAUAGAAACCAAUAUCCCGCUACAGGAAGGAGGACGUAUUCUGUGUCGGGGCACACAUGUGUACCUGGGGGAUGACAUGCCAGACCCCGGGCUUGUUCUAGCGGGGACAAAGUGUGGAGACAACAUGGUGUGCUUGAACCGGCAGUGUCAGAAUGUCAGCGUCUUUGGCGUCGUCGAGUGCUCCGGGAAAUGCAGUGGACGAGGGGUGUGCAACAACAAGAAGAACUGCCACUGUGAAGCGCAGUGGGCUCCUCCGUUGUGCAAGGAACCUGGCUUUGGCGGGAGCAUUGACAGCGGGCCAAUGAGACUGGCAGAUGUGCGUGUGUGUGUAUUAAUGUGCGUGUUGUCGUAUAUGGCAUCAGCCGACAGUGUGCUCAUUACCGUGGUGGUCCUGGUCACCCUGGUUAGUCUGCUGGUGGCCACAGUGACCGUCUUUCUGAAGAGGAAAACUCUGCUGCGUCUGUUCUUCAGCCACAAAAAGACCACUCUGGAAAAACUCAGAUCCGUGGAGGCAACCAGACCAACCAGCCCCAUCAGGACUGAGUCCAGGUACAGACCCACUCCACAGCGCAAGCCUCCACCCAAACCUUCUACAGCCAAUAUUUAUAAGCCGUCUUUCCUGAGUGCAGAGCCUCUCCUCCCUCCUCACAACUUCCACUCUCACAGCCUGCGCAGGCUUCCCCUCUACCAGCCGCUGCACAUCAGCCAGCCCAUGCCCGUGUCUCUGAGCGUGGGCCAUCCCACCCUGCCUCCUCUGCCCACCCACGACCACCGAGUCCUGCCCACCCACUCGUCGGUCUCACCCGCUCCUUUACCGCCGUUCCUCAGCCUGCCGCGCAAGCAGUCUUUGUACAGAGUGGAUCAGGAUUUUGAGAAGCCCAGUCCACCACAGAAACCUCUGCCUGCUGAUCCGUUAGGGCGGAGCUCUCGACUUGGGUACAGCAUCACACCAUCGGGGGUCCACAUCCCAGGGACCGGAGCGAUCCCAGUACCUAUCCCCAAGGUUCCUAGACCGCCGCCCAGCAUCCCUUUACCAAACAGACCUGUGCCAGCAUUGCCCUACAGACCACCAAAGAAUCAGGACUGCUGAGUAGUCGACUUUGCAGAUGAGUCAAAAGAGAAAAUCUCACAAAAAAAAGGAAGAAACUACAAAGACUUUCUUGUUUUGCACUAAUCUUUGAGACAAGACUCUGUUGGACAUGUUGGACCACAGGAAGAGUUGCAAAGUUUCUGGGGAGAAACGAGGAUGACCGUCACAGCUUGGUGCUACGCCUCUAGAAGGUGCUGUCCUCUCUCAGGUACCAAUGAACUAUUUAUCUAUUUAACUAUUUAACUCUGACAUUAUAAGCCUGUGUGCAAAUGAAGAAGAAUUUUCCACAAGCAGGAUUUGAGCAAAAGGAGAAAUCAAGAGUCAUUUAUAAAAUUUGUUUUACAUUAUUUUUACUUUUUUAAAAAAAAUAUGUGCUUAAAUUGAAGAGUCUUUUUUUUAGCAAUUGAUUUUAAUUGAGUGAUGGAACUGUAGACAAAGUCAAACUCGAUUACAGAUGAAGGGAAACGGGGCACAAUCAGUUUAACAGCGUUAUUUAUUUAGUUAUUCUAUUCAUAGGGUUUUCAAUAUCAAAACACUUUCUCUGUAUUCUAUCUGCCAUUGUACUUGGAAAACAAAAACAAAAAUAUAAGCAAUUACCGACGAGAAAAUAUGAUUUCCAAGAUGACGCUAGAUGGAAAAUGAUUCUGAUUGGCUCACAUCAAGGCACCUAAAUUCCCUUUCACUGCCUCUGAGAAGUGUUGGAUGCUCAACAUGUUCUACCGAUUCAGACGAGACGUCAGAAACCGAGCGCUGACAGAUUCCACAGACUGAUCGUGUUCCAGCGAAUCCCUCCAGCAACCAAUUCAUCAGUAUUAACGCCAGUGUUUGUAUGUUUAACAUUCACGCUCACUUCGUCCUCCAUCCUGAGAGCCAAGCCAGAUGACCUCAGCGCUGUCAGCUCUCCAAGUUCCACACGCUAAGUCAAACAACAUGUUUUCCUGUUCCUUUGUUGAUGUUUUUUUCCCCACUCUUUUGUUCUUUUACGAGUAUUGAUUUUUGCAUUGCUUUGCUGUUUCUCCCUGUGCAUUUACAGACUUACUCAUGGGAUUUUUAGAGUGCAGUGUUGCACUUAUGGGCACUUUUUCAGUUCAUCCUAAAGUUCACCGCAACACAAUGAAAGUCAGUUACGUCCUGCUUUGUGUUUCUUUACAAAAAAAAUGUGUUGAUCUUGUUAAAGUGUGAAACAGUUGGCAUGACGGCUCACUAUUGGAACAUAAACAUUAAAGCUGUGUGAAUUGUGUGGUAAAUGUGUUUGUAAGGACUGUUCACCGAGUUUACUGUAAAGUGUAACUAUUGUGUCUGUUGCCAUUUUCAUUUUGUUCUUAUCUCUUUGUUUUACAAGCACAGAAAUGUAAGAACUGCUCUGCGGCUGAGCCCCAUUUAUCCUUCUCAGUGAGAACCUGAUAUUUAACACUUGAGCGUCGCAAAUGAACUAUGAGGCCUGACUGUUGAUUUCAGAGGUCAAAUAAAGGUUUUUUUGUGAUAAUGAAAAA